AUUAUGAGAGACGUAAAUAACGGAUGAUUAAUACGUUAUUUACACAGUAACACAGCUUCAGCUUUCUUCUUCUUGGUAUACUUACACAUAGGAAGAGGUUUAUAUUAUGGAUCAUACAGAGCACCUAGAACUUUAGUGUGAACAAUCGGUACAGUUAUCCUUAUAUUAAUGAUGGCUAUUAAAAAUAUGUGGCCAAAUUUAUUGUUGGUAUCUCGAGUUAAAGAUAAUGAUAACAUUAUUUCUCCUACUUUACCUUUUAAUAAAAGUAGAACCAUAGCUAUCCGUAGAAUAGGUCCUCAUAACAUUGAUGUAUUAUCUAUAAUAAUAUGUGGUAUGUUGGGUGAUUGAUGAGGUAACAAGAUAAAAGGUCAACAGAUGGAUAGUGUUCGGUUUAGUCUAGAACAAGGUGUAAAAAAUUCUGCUUAUAUUCACCAUCUUAAUAUUAUUUUACAUGAAUUAGGUUAUUGUUCUAAUGUCACACCUAAAUUGGUGGUUAAAUCAGAAGCAAGUGUUGACAAACGAUCAGAUCCUACAUCAACUCGCUAUAACUAUAGAUUAACAACUUAUAGUUUUACUAGUCUAUUGUGAAUCUAUAAUUCAUUUUAUCACGAAGUUGAUGGUGUUCUUACAAAAAAAAUACCAGAGUGAAUAGGAGAAUUUAUUACACCGAUAGGUUUAGCUCAUUGAAUAAUGCAGGAUAGGUCGAGACAAAAGGAUCAAGGAAUCUCUCUUGCAACUAACAGUUUUACAUUUGAGGAUUGUGUUUAUUUAAGUAAAAUACUUAGUGUUAAAUAUGGUCUAAAGACUAGUGUUGUAAAAGUAGGAC